ACAUCACAGAUGUCAUGGUACCCUCAGUAUCGGAGUUCAAAAUUCCGCCAUGUUUACGGCAAGGCAGCCACGAAGGAGAAUUGCUACGACUGUGUGCCCAUCACCCAGAGUGUCCAUGACAACCACUUCUGUGCUGUGAAUCCACGUUUCAUUGCUGUUGUGACAGAAUGUGUUGGUGGAGGAGCCUUCCUUGUUAUUCCUAUAAAUCAGACAGGAAAGCUUGACCCACAUUACCCUCGCAUCUGUGGGCACAGAGGGAAUGUUUUAGAUAUUAAGUGGAAUCCUUUUGACGACUUUGUAAUAGCAUCAUGUUCCGAAGAUGCCACUGUUAAAAUAUGGAACAUUCCUCAGCACAUACUAACAAAAAGCAUCACGGAAGCAGAGAAGGAGCUCCUUGGCCAUGCACGGAGGGUAGGGCUCAUCGAAUGGCACCCGACAGCAAGCAACAUCCUUUUCAGCACUGGCUAUGACUACAAAGUCCUGAUCUGGAAUCUGGACACCAAAGAGUCUGUAAUUCAGGCCCCCGUGAAGACAAUCGGCUUUCAUUCCGACGUGAUUCUUUCCAUGUCAUUCAACACAGACGGCAGCCUCUUAGCUACAGCCUGCAGGGACAAGAAAAUUAGGAUCAUUGACCCGCGAGCAGGAACUCUGUUACAGGAAGCAAACAACAAUUCUCACAGAGUGAAUAAAGUUUUGUUUCUAGGAAACAUGAAGAAGCUGCUCUCUACAGGGACUUCCAAGUGGAAUAACAGGCAAAUUGCACUGUGGGAUCAGAGUGAUCUUUCUGUGCCUUUACUGACGGAAGACUUGGAUGGCUCAUCCGGCCUCUUGUUUCCUUUCUAUGACUCAGACACACACAUGCUGUAUGUGCUGGGCAAGGGGGAUGGGAACAUCAGGUACUAUGAGAUAAGCUCGGAGAAGCCAUACCUAAAUUACCUGAUGGAAUACCGCUCCCAUUUGCCCCAGAAAGGAAUCGGGAUCAUGCCAAAGAGAGGACUGGACGUCUCCACCUGUGAGAUCUUCCGCUUCUAUAAGCUGAUUGCAGUCAAAAGCCUGAUAGAGCCUGUUUCCAUGAUCGUGCCUCGGCGGUCAGAAUCGUACCAGGAAGACAUCUAUCCGAUGACAGCUGGAGUCCAGCCAUCACUGACAGCACAAGAGUGGAUAAGCGGUGCUAAUAAAGGCCCUAUCUUGAUGUCUCUGAGACCAGGCUCUGUGAUCUUGGACUCCUUGCCUCCAUCUCCUGAAAAGACAGCCUUGGAAGCAACAGAGCCUUCUAAGUACCAGUAUCAGAAUAGGAUGGCUGACACCGUUGAAAAGACAAGCAGAAUCCCGGAGAAGUGGGGCCACCGGCAGGAAGAAAGGGGGCAGGAAGACAGGCGAAUUGGGUUGUCAAAUGGCUUUGAUGUGUUCGAGUGUCCUCCACCCAAAACAGAAAACGAGCUGUUGCAGAUGUUCUACCGACAGCAGGAAGAAAUCCGGAAGCUCCGUGAAAUGCUGAUCCAGCGUGAGGUCCAGAUCAAACAGCUAGACCUGGAGAUCAAAAACCUUCGCCAGGAUUCAAGCCGGUUCUGACAACACGUUGCUCAGCAGCCUUUGGAAGGCAGCUCGGCUCCAGGACAGCUGUUGCCACAGGACUCGAUUCUGGGCGGAUUAUGGUCCAGACAAGGGAGCACUUGGGGCUUCCCAGCAACUGAUUGUCUGCCUGGAGUGCCCCUUUCCUGAGAUGGAAACGGGUGGAGUUCUUACGGGUGCUUUGUUUACCAACCCUCUUUUUCACAAGGAGCUCCUAGUUUAAGAGGGGAGCCAGAGGCUCUCUGUGACUUGGAGAUGUCUCAAGGUGGAGACCGGUUCCAACAGCCUCCUGCCCCUGUGGGUGCCCGGGUCUUCCUCAAAGAGCAGCGCAUUUCUCCAGGGCCUGCCUAGCAGCUUGGACACUCCCUUACUGCCCAGCACCCAACUGCUGAAACGUGACGGUGCAGCCAAAGAGAGCAGCCCGGGGCUCUUCGCUGCAGGGCAACAUUGCACUGAAUGGCUUUCCAGUUGCCUCAAUCUCACCCUUCCACUGCGUGUGUUUCUUCGCUCCUUUGUCACCUUGUCUCUGAACGUUGUACUAGGGUCAAUGUAAGGCAUCAGGGGAAAAGGUUCAGUUUAACCAUCUUCCAUUCUUGUCCAUUUGAUCAGGUUUGGGUUCUCCUUUUCCAUGACUCUUAGAUUUGCACCAUGACAAAGUCCCAGUGCGCCUUACAAAUACUGUAGUUGCUGCCUUGAUACUUCCACCCCCGCUUUACUUCUUUUUGAUCUCUUCCAUUACCUGCUGAUUUUCAUGCUAGCUUUUGCAAAGUACUGCCAUCCAAGGAAUUGUCCUUGUUAGUUUCAAGUUCAGCAACCUCAGAUUUCCCAGGUUUAUGAAACCUGGAGUGGGGAAAAUGCCAUCCUGAUUCUUCUAGGUACUUCUCCCUAAUCAUGAAGGUAGAAAGUGUGAGGAGGGAACAAAAAAGGGUGAGGGUUCCAGACCAACAGGAGCUGGUGGGGCUUGAAGAAACUCUUAAAGUGGCACUGCUUGUGAUAAACCUGUAAGGCCCAGCUGACCUACAGGGUUUGGGUGAGGAAAGGGGAAGAAAAAAACACACUAAUGGCAAACUGGUUAAACUUUAUUAAACAGUGCCUAAUUAUAUUUAAAGACUAGUGAUUGAUGGUGUUUCUUCAAGGCUUUGUGUGUAAUUUUUACCCAGGAGGAAUAUAAUCCAAGGUGCAGAGCAGGAAAACUGCAGCUGAAAGAUUUUUGACUGGCAAAGACUGUGCUUCAGAAGAAAUGUCCCAAGCAAAAGGGAAGCAUUUUAAUGCCUGAUUGAUUUCACUAAGAAAGUGGAAAUAAAUCCAAGUCCAUGGUA